AGAUGGGGCGUGGUUUAGAUCAAUGACAACCACCUCACUGUAGUCAACUGUAAGGAGAGAGAGAAAAGAAAAAAAAAAGAAAGACAACAAAAUUACAGUCCUGGCUAGUCCGCGUGCUGGUUUCUCUGCUUGCCUUGUCCGUGGUGGUGGACGGCUCGUGCGCUCACCUCACUUCCAACAGGAGGGAAUUAGUUGACAACGGCUGAUCUGAAGGAGGUGGUGCGACCUGUAAAAUGACUAUUUGAUAGGUUCCCUCCCUCGACACCGUCCCUCCACCCGGGGAGGUUUCAGUGCAGGAGCGGAUGAAACAACGGUAGGAGUGUUUGGAUGGAUGAAAGGGAAACGGAUGGGAUAAAGCAGCUGCCAUAGUCUGUACGGUAAUGUCAUCCAGGGGAGCACAGCCCGGCUGCUUCAUCGGGAUUGCGACUUCCUUACGUAACCGAGCUUUGUGGGGAGACUGGCGGGGGAACUGGGGCUGCCGAGCUGUUUAACUGCAUCUAGGAUAGGCAGGUGAGCAGAGAGGAGUGCGAUCACAAGUUUCUCCAUCCACUCUCCACCCACUCAGCAUGAGCGACGAAAACGCCGUCUCCCAUCAGCAGUGAGUGCGUCAAAAUGAACGAGGGCUGCAGGCAGGGAGGAGGGGCCGUCACUGUGGAGGCAGAUGUCAUCCUCCAUGCUGUGAACCCUGAACUUGUCACACCGUCUGACAAAGACAUGAAUUCAUGUCCAGGCUAUGUCCAAGGAUUCCUAAAGGACAGCCAGGAUUUCAGCCCCCCUCCUGUGUUCGAGAAGGAAUACCUGUUGGAUGGGACACUGAUGGAGAAUAAUAAUGUGGAUCAUCAGCAAGGUAACGGCUCGUUCAUCUCAAGAACUGAAAAGUUCUCCCUCCCAAAUGACAAGGCCGCUCCUGACCUCUCUCCUUACGCUGACUCUGCUGUAACCAAUCACAUUUCUGCUGUGCAACAAAAUUGUACAGGCAGUGAAAUCCACAAUGGCGCCAGAGCUAAAGUGUCUGACAAUGCAGACUCCUCCAUAUGCUCGCCCGGCCAGGCCAAACAGGAAACUGAUUGGUCAGUCCUGGAAUCAAACCUUGAACACAGAGACAGCAUCGAGGCGAACACGAUGACUAAAAAAGAUCCUGAUUUAGUCAUCGAGGUGGGCGGGCAGAGGAUCAGCGCUCACAAGUCUGUACUGGCAGAAAAAAGUGAUUACUUCAAAGCUCGGCUGUCACGGGACAUCCUGAAAGUGAAGGGCAUCAGUUACAAGACUCUGUCCACGUUGAUCGACUAUGUUUACACCUCUAAAAUGAAUGUUUCCAAGGAUAAUGUAGUAGAAGUCAUCACAGGGGCUAAAAUCCUCCAGAUCCCCUGUGCCGUCCAGGCCGCCAUGGACUCCAUGUCUGCACAAGUCACCGCAGAGAACUGCUACGAGAUUCUCACCAUCGCCAAAAAGCAGCGGCUCAGCGAACUGAAGGAGACCGCCUACGGAUUCAUGAGCGACAACUUCCUCCAGAUUCUCAAAGACCCGUCUGUGUACGGUCGCCUGACUGGAUCCGAGCGGGAUCUUAUCCUGAAGAAGAGGAUGGAGGGGAGGAAGACCCUCAUGGUGGCAGAGAUCAACGACGUGUUUGAUCGCGUUGGAAGUCGGCCGCCGAGCCGCUGUGGCAGCCGGCCGCAGAGCCCGUUGUCAGUUGGGUCUUUGGAGGAGAAUCACAUGAUUUACUACUAUAAUGAAACAGCAAACGACUGGAGACCUUUGACAGCGAUGCCUGAGGACAUAAACACUAAAGGGUGUGGCAUCUGUACCAUGUAUAACUACCUGUUUGUGGCAGGGGGGAUAAAGGGCUAUGGAGACAAGGGCAAGGUUUCAGACAAGGUCUUCUGUUACAACCCAAUAACCAGUAGCUGGGCUGAGGUCAGACCCCUGAUGCAGGCCCGUGCCCAGCUAAAACUCGUGUCCAUGGAUGGCUACCUGUAUGCCAUUGGAGGGGAAUGUUUGUUUACAGUGGAAAAAUAUGAUCCCCGCAUGGACAGAUGGACUACUAUGGCCCCCUUGCCGAAGGGAGCCUUUGCCGUGGCGCACGAAGCCACGACAUGCAGCGGAGAACUCUACGUCUCAGGAGGCUCUCUCUUUUACCGCCUUCUCAAGUACGACACAAAGAGGGACGAGUGGCAGGAGUGUCCGUACAACAACAGCCGGAAGAAGUCCACAGACAUGGUGGCUCUGAAGAGCUUCAUUUACCGCUUCGAUGUGAACAGAGAGCUGGGGAUCAACGUGUUCAAGUACAACAGCAUAGUGAAAAUGUGGCAUGAUUGUGCAUCGCAGAGGCUCGGAAGUCAUUUACCCUUCAGGUGUGCUGUUAUCGGGAACUGCAUCUACUGUGUGAACAAAAGCCAGACUCUUCAGUUUGUAGUGGAGGAGGAGAACGCCUACUUCAUAGAGGAGCCGCUCAGGGCGCCUCUGGAAGCGAAAGGCGUUCUGUUUCCUUUUGUUCUCACUUUGCCUGAAAAGCCUGACAGGGUUACAUAGUGUGUGUGUGUGUGUGUGUGUGUGUGUGUGUGUGUGUGUGUGUGUGUGUGUGUGUGUGUGUGAGAAUGUGUGUGUGUGUGAUCCAGAAUAUCUCAACAAAUGUGUAAUAGCAAAACUGGAAAUAAGCAGAAGACCUUAUUUACACUCUUCAAUGUCAGCUCUCUAUCUUGGUGCGUCAUCGCCUGCUUGCAGUGGAAUGUGAACAUUUGCAUGGCAAUUUAAUGUGUCUGCAGCCUUAAAUGGGAAAUAAAACUUUUUUCUUUUAGUUUUGAAUGAAUGAAAACUUUCUUAGUGUCCAAACGUAGAUAUACAGUAAUAAUGACAGUGACUGUAGGUUCUUUUCUUUGUGUAUUCACUGUGUUCAGUUUGGUUAGGUGCACUUUUAUAGCUAGAAUAGAUAUUAAAUAGAAAAUAUUACCUAGUUGACCGAUGACUUUGGAAACAAAAGAUUUGUGUAAAGUUGUAUUAAAAGGAAGGAAGCAGAGUUAGUGAGCUUUACGAACGAUGCAACAUAAGGUCUAUGCAAACGACACUGAGUAUACAGUUUGGACUGCUGUAACACUAUGUAACAGUUAUCAGAGGACUCUGACUGGGAAGGAAUAGUAUUCCUCAAACUAGGGCUGCAACUAAUGUUGUUUUCAUCAUCCAUUUUUGGUCAAUAAAAUAUCAAAGAAUAGUUUUAAAAACAGAAAUUCCCCAAACCUCGAGAAGACCAACAGUGAGAGGCCCGACAAAGGAUAGUAUAUUUUUUAUAUACAGUAUAAUAAUAGAAGAAAGCUUCAGGUCCUCUCCUGAGAAACAAGAACAGGACGUCUUUCCUUGCUUCUUGCUACUUUGCUCAUGGUGGAUUAAUGUUGGGUCUUUGUAAACACAUGAUAUAAAUAUAUGAUACAACAAAGAGCUCUUUUUGUAAAGUGUCUUCAGAUAACAUUUAUUAUGAAUUGGCAUCAUACAAAUAAUGAUCGAUUGAUGGAGAUUAAAACAGCAAAUAUUGGACUUUUAUGAUCGACAAACUGCUGUAGCUGUACUUCAUCUCUGAUCAGUGAUGCAUUCAUGUGACUCAAGGUCAAAGUGAAGUCAGCAUAAAAGCUAAUAUUUGAAUAGUGUACCACACAAAUAUGCUCUUUGCAAAGCAUCAACAAAGCAGGUACAGCACGGUGCCUUUUCGGUCAAAAGAAAUUCUGCAGAGCUUUUAGCUCUUUAUCUCCAAGAAGUUUAAAACAGCCUUGUCAGAAACUUUGUAAUCUUCUGAGGGAGUCUGAAAAUCUUUCAAAGUUCAGUGUAAAAUGAACUAUUACAGUUUAAAAGUACAUUGAUAAGAGAUGAAGGGAAGACCAUUUUGUUUAUAAUGCGUAAUCACAGAAGUCCCUACAUAGAGCACAUUUGCCAAAGACAAACAACAAUUCAGGUAGUCUUUAAAUCAUGUGAUUUUGUGAAUCACAUUCCUAAUAACAGUUGUUCCUCUGAUGUCACCAUGGUCAUGUUGAUAAUAAAUGCAAUAGGCAUAGUUGUUGUUUUCUAAGAGAAAGGGCAUGAUGUUUGCUGCUAAAAGGCACUUUCUGGGAAGUUAAAGGAAAACUAGCCAUUUACGACACACACAGAUGGAUCUUGUAUCUUAGGCUCUAUCUCUUUGAAGAAAAUAAGAACAACAGACUAGUGUUUUGCUGCUUGCACAUUUCCACACAGACUGGGUUGAUCCUUUAGGUCUUUAGUCAAAUCAGAUACCAGAGUUCUUCAGCAGUUCAUGGUCAUGACCCAAGUUGCUUCCAAUAAAAACAAACUGCUGCCAUGACACAAUGACACCAGUUUCCUUUUGCAUCUGAGCACAUUAGUUACAAUUUUAGGUCUACAUCUUCUUUUAGAUAUUUCAAGAUUUUUGUUUGCUGCUGCAAUAACAGAGGGAGUUUUGUAAAGAGGCUGAUGUUGUUAUAUUCUUGAAACAAAUAGCUUUUGAUAAUGUUUGAAGAAAUAUCUCUAAGCAGUCAAGAGGACUAUAGAAACAUGGAUGUGGUUUCGAUAUUUCGCUGACUGCCAUCUGCAUUUUUUGUGAUUUUUUUUGUAUGGACUUGGUAGUUGUGGAUCUGCUGAUGUGAUGGACGGUAAAGUGAUGCAAUGCUAAGUAAUGGCUUUCUGUUAAAGGUAUACGGUGUGGGCUAACAAAUAAGCUGUUGGAUAAUGUAUAUCAGUCAGAAAUAAGUGCUUCAAAUAAAAUAUUUUGUGUCUGAA